GCAUCAUGCAAUUAGUUAUGUUGGCUCCGGCAAGUAAUUUGGUGACUUCAGUUACGGCUGCUUUAAUGCCUACUUUACUCGGUCCAGCAGCCAAUAUGGCGACGAAACCUCUGCCAGAAAAUGCAGCCAAUAAAUCAACGACAAUUAAACCAGCAGUUCCAGGGCUUAGUAGAAGCGAGAAAAAAGAACCAGAUGAUGUUUCACCUAGCAGCAGUUCUUCCAAACUAAAUCAGCUAAGUAAAAAGAAAAUUAAAUCCAUCGAUGAAAUAAAAACCGAAGCUGAAAGUAAAGAUAGUCCCAAAGAAGGACCUAAAUUGAAAAAGCUGACGUGGCAAUCAUCCAUCACUAAUGGAAAUAAAACCGAAUCUAGUAUUACCGGACCAAGGAUAAAUAACACCGCAAAAAGACCCAUACUCAAAGAAUCAAAUAAAAAAGACACCCCGAAAAUCGAAGUCACUCCAGAAAUUACUCAGACUAAAACUAAAGAAAAGGAACCGACUGUUGUAAAUGUGGACAAUAAUGAUAAAGUUAAUAAAGAAAACGACAUUUUACUACAUACCAUUCUAAAUCACAUCGCUUAUGUGAAUCGAGCAUCCGGAGGAUCGGAUAGCGGAUUCGCUCAUUGCACUCAUGAUGCUACUCCUACAUCUAGAAAAAGACAAGUCCGUUUCGUAUUGAAAAUCACCUACGCUACGGCUAUUCUGGGCUUCUGUUUGACUUUGGGAGAAUUUUUCCAAAAAUUUGGACCUUAUGGACUAAUGAAGUAUUACAUUUCAAACGAUGACGAAAUCGAGCCUUGGCCGUGGUUUAUAUUUCAAACGGUGUGUCGUUCGUUUGAAAUUUUGAUGAGCGGUGCUAUCGCCAACAUUACUAAACAACCGGCAGCCAACGUGCAUCGAUAUUACAAAUAUAAUCCGGCAAUAAUGAAACAACGAGGGUCUAUGUUUAUGUAGUAAUUCGGAACCUAAUUAAUAAUUACUUAUUCUUCCAACUCGUGCGAGGAGAUAACUAUGCCAUGUGUGUAAAUUUUUCCACAUUUUGUAUGGUGUUUGAUGUUUCGUUGGCCUUCCUUUGUUAAUUUUUAUUCGGACGGAAUUUUUUUAAAUUAUCGUUAGGUGGUUUAAUAACGGCCACGAGUUAGCAAGCAUCUUCCUUUGAUAAUUCAUGUUACCUGAUAAUUUUUUCAAACUUUAUUCAUCUAGAAAUAAAUUAAGAAAAAUUAAUAAUAUCAUUUUUUUGUUUGUUUUUAAAUGUUUUUUCUCCUGUUUUAUUUUAAAAAAUAAUAUCAAUCGUUGAAACGAUUUAAAAAUAUGAAAAAAUAUUUUAAUAAAUGAAAUGUAUCGUGUAAAUAAUUUCGAUUACUGAAAUAGAUAAACAUUUUUGUUUGA